AUGACACGCAACCCAGGCUUCUCGCCCGUCAUGUCUACCCUAUCCCUGAUUGUCCUCAUUGGGACCCUGAUCGCAGCGACCUCGGCCGCGCCCUCGACUCCUUCAGUAUGGGCGUCCGUCGCAAUGAUCAUGCACGGUGAGCGCACGCCGGUGCGCAGCGGGCUCCAAGAUACCCUGACUCCUUUGGGUGCUCAGGAGAUGUACGCCCAGGGAAAUGCCUUUAGAAGUCGCUACCUGGCCAGCGGAACACCCACAAACACCUCCGAGGGUCGCAUCACGACCCGCGCCGCGAUCAAGGGAAUUGCGCGCAACGUGUAUGAGCAUGAGCAGCUCUCGAUCCUCUCCCUCCCCGAUGCCCACAUCGCCGCCGGCGCUGCUGCCUUCAUGCAGGGCCUCUACCCGCCCAUCACGCAGGCCUUUGCGGCCGAUACUGGCGGGACGAACAUCUCGUACUCGACAAUCUCUGGAAACACCACGCAGUAUCCCCUGGGCGGUUACCAAUAUCCUAUCAUUGAGACGCUGGGACUGUCUGACGAUAGGUCGAUUGAUGUUCGGGGCAACACGGAAUGCCCGCAGUGGAAGAUCUCGACAACGUAUGUCAUGCAGCUCGACCCGUACAUGCAGGCCCUCGAGCAAGCCUCCCGCCCCGGUUACACAUCCCUCUUCAGCACGCCGCCACUAAACGACGGCGACAUCUCCCUCGCACAUGUGAACUUUUGGAACGCCUACGACAUCUACGACUACGUCCGCUACCGCUACUCCCACGAGCAGGCCGUCUACGACGGUCUCCAAGACGUGUACGCCCAGCGCAUAGAGUUCCUCGAAAUGUACGCCCGCCUCCAGCAGCUCAACAUGACCUCCAACCAAGCCGUCUCGGGCCUCCAAAAGGGAGACAUGAUCCGCACCAUCGCCGGCCGGACCUUUGCGCGCAGGGUCGUCGACGCCCUCGAGGCCAACGGCAAUUUCGCCGGCUACUCCAACAAGCUGACCCUCCUCUUCAGCUCCCAGGAGCCCUUCCUCUCCUUCUUCUCCCUCGCGGGGCUCCAGAAGCCGAACCAGACGCUCUCCACGACGCCCUUCUGGAGCCUCCCCGAAAACGGUGCCGCCAUGGUCUUCGAGCUCGUCGGCGACCAGCCCAACGAGCCAGACACCUACCCGACCGAGGAGAACCUCUACGUCCGCUUCCUCUACCGCGAGAACGCCGAGCCGGGCACCCCCUUCUUGGAGUAUCCCCUCUUCGGCCUCGCCGAGGGCGACACCCGCGUGACGUACAGCUACUUCAAGCAGGAGAUGGCCAAGUUCGGCAUCGACACGGCGACGUGGUGCAGCAUCUGCGGCUCGAUCCAGUCGUUCUGCGACUGGCAGACCACGAAGACGACGCCGACCGUCGGCGAGGCCAUUCGCUCGGCCGUGCAGAAGCCCGUUGUCGCGGGUAUCAUUGGCGCCAUCAUCGUCCUCGCUGUGUUGGGGCUGGUUGUUGUCUCGGCGGCUGUUCUCGGCGGUUUCCGGAUUCAUCGUGCCGGAGGCGGAGCAGGAGGAAAGGACGGCAAUGGCCGGAUUGCCGGGCUCGGAGGCUUCAAGGCCGCGGAGAAGAUGGCUAGCGACCCGGACCUGGCUGUCUCUGGGCGCGGAGUGCGACACGAGCGCCAGGGGAGCUGGGAGCUGCGUGACGGAAGGGAGGUAUCGGGAGCCGAGGGGCAGACGGGUAUUGCUGUGGACAAGAGUGCGUCGACGUUCCAGGCGAAGCCUAUUGAUGAUGAUGCCAUUAGCGUCAUGGGGGCUUCGCCAGUGAAGCCCAGAGAGAGCGUCUGA